UCGACAUAUUACAGAGUGAUCAAAACAUAUAACCACUUUUUAAUGGAUAUGUAUUCGAUGGCAUCUAAACUAUAAUAUUUUUUUCAGGUUUGUUUAAAUGUGUUUAUAAAAAGUGUGAAAAUCAUGAGUUCUCGAUCUAAAAGACUAGUUAGCAUAGCUAAAGCAAUGUUUACAUCUGAAGUAAAUAAUGAAAUACCAGGAGCCCUAGACAGAAAUUUAGAUUUAUCUGGAUCAGAUAAUGUACAUGAUAACGCCGUUGCACUAAAAAAUGCAACGGGAAUUGAAACAGAGUGCCAAAUUAAACAACGAAUAAGCCCUAAAACAAAAUCUCAAAAUAGAAUUGAGGAAUCUAUUGUUACUGGUUUUCCGGAACUGGAUGAUUUUCUGAUUAUUUUAGCAGAAAAUUUGGUUUAUCAAGAGACAACGACAGGCGUUGAACAAAAUAUCAUCGUUGCACAAAACGUGAUUAUAAAAGAUCAAACUUUGGAAGUUUUACCAGAAGACGGAAGCACUUAUUUCUAUAAUACAGACGGCACUUCAUUUUCAACCUUAGAACAUGAUGGGAAUCUGGUAGGCUCUGAGAAACAAGAUUCUUUAUUUCAUCAAGACGAAAGCACCUAUUUCUGAACUAAAGCAGAAAAUUGCGGUACUAUGAAUAUGACCUUAGUACACGAAGAGAACUCGAUGGAAUUAACACAAAAAGCUUAUCCCGCGUCGAAUCAAGAAUUAGAAAAUGACUCAGGAAGUGAUUAUGAGCCUAGUAAUGAAGAAAUAUCGUCAGAAAGUUCAAAAAGUGAGCAUGAAAAUAUAGCAGAAGAAACCGUCGCUAGUGCAGAAUUAAAUAAAGUAGACAUAGAUUUGAAUGAAGAAAGGAAAAGACGAAUCAAGGCAAAUGAAAUGGAGUGGUCAAGAAAUAAGAAUAAAAGGCUACGUAUCCAAGGAGAACAAUACCUUGGUAUAAAAAAGGAUGAAACUGGAAAAAGGCAACAGAAUAUAGUUAAAACAGGGUGAAAAUUGAAACCACGUUGUUCAUCAAAGGCUUGUGAAAAAGCAGUGAAUCGACAUUGUUCUGAGUUUACAGAAUAUAGAAGAAAAA